AUGGCCGACCUGCAAUAUAUUCUCAAAAAGACCAUCGAGCAGGGGGCUAACGUCACGACGAAUUUCACCCGGACCGUCCAUCGUGCCUCUUACUCUUCCAUCGACCCCUCUCGCCCUGAACUAAGCCAAGAUGGUCGUACGGUUCUUAUCACAGGGGGUGGUACUGGCAUCGGAAAGUCCAUCGGAAAGUCCUUCGCUCAGGCCGGUGCCAGGCAUGUAAUCAUCGUCGGCCGCAGAGCUAAUGUUCUUGCCGAUGCCGCUAAAGCCAUCGAGGAAGUAGCCAAGCAGGCCGGAAAGGACACCAAAGUCAUCCACCAGACCCUCGACAUCACAGACAAGGCAGGGAUCGCAGAUCUAUGGUCGGGUCUGAAGGACAAGGGCAUCAUUGUUGACGUUUUGGUGCUCAACGCCACAAAGUUCUCGUUGCUGGCACCGCUCCUUGAGCUCGGAUCUGACGAGAUCUGGUCCAUGUUUGAGGCCAAUGUCCACGGCCCGCUCAUGCUGUCCGAGGCCUUCGUGAAGCAGAGCGGCGACGGGCAAAGGGUCCUUAUUAACGUCGCCACCAAUUCCAUCCACCUGUCCGAGGAGUCUCAUUCCAUCAUCGGCGCAAAGGUCCCCGCAUACGCACUGACCAAGAAUUCUGGAGCACUGCUAAUCCAGAAGAUUGCGGCAGAGGUUGACCCCGAGAAGGUCCAGGUCGUCAGCUUCCACCCCGGUGCCGUCUAUUCCGGCGGCUGGGAAGACUCCGGCGUCCCUCAAAACAUGUUGCCCUUCGAUGAGAUCUCGCUCCCCGGAGCUGAGGCGGUCUGGCUCGCUUCUCCAGAGGCUAAGUUCCUGCACGGGCGUUUCGUUUGGGCAUCGUGGGAUGUUGAUGAGUUGAAGUCUGGGGAGAUCAGGGAGGCGAUUGAAGAGGAUGUCGAAUUCCUCAAGAUUGGUGUUCAUGGGCUUAAGGGUCCCGACCGCCGCAAGUGAGACUGUGGCCGCAACCAAACCUUGAACCAAUUUGAAGGACCACGACGGGUUGAGGCUCAACUAUUCCGACGGGCACUGGGGUAGCAGCGUCGAUCUUGUUAUAUGGGAUGACCUUUCUCCAAUAAUAUAGUCAAUACACAAUUGCAAAACAUCCAAAGCACCUGCAGCAUUACGACUCCGUGGUCUAAUUAUAUAUUUCUAGUAUUGUUGAUAGCCCGGGAUUACGGCCCCAAA